GCUACAGGACGGCGCAGACGGCACGUAGACCGCAUGCAGAUUGGUCGCCCUGUCCAAUUCCUCUCUCUUUUUGCUCUCCCUUGGAGAAAACAUAACUCGCGUUAUUCUUCUAUUUUGGUUUGGAACGAACUUGGUUCAGCUGCAAAACUUUGAACGAGCCGGGUCCUUGUUCAGUGAAUCAUCUUGACACUACGUCGCACAGCCCCCAGUCUCGAACGGUUUUCUGGCCUCUGUGAAAUUGUUUCAAGACUCGGCAGUUCAACGCCAAAGUCAAAGUGACGACGAGUUCUGAUAUUUGGCGAAUCGAUUCGCAAUCGUCUUGUGUUUAUUUGUUUUAUUUAUUUAUUUAUUUAUUUUUUUUUAAGUUGUUGUUCUCUUCCAUAAAGUGUAUUAAGCAUUUCUUCUUGGUUUGUUUCCUCGCAUUUGGUUUGUUUUUGCGGGUGUCAGCAGUUGCCGCAACACUGCAGGAGGAGUUUCGCAACACUUGUCGAACGUCUGCGCCCCCCGAUCAAAAGGGCCGGGAUUAGUUGUUGAUGAAAGAAAAAGCUGCAAGAGAAGAGCAGAGAAGAAGAAGAAAAGAAGAAAAUCAUCGAAAUUGGAGAGUAGAGAUGGCGGCUGAAGCGGAUGCGGCGGCGGCAGCAGCAGCAGCGACGACCUGUUGUUAGAAAGCCCAGCUCGGCAUUUUUCUUUCUCUCAGCGCCAUGCAGAAGUUACGUCCGCCAACAUGGCGCAGGUCUCGGACCCCGACGCCAGUCGAGAUGCGCAGCAGCGGUCCAACCGCCAGUUGCUCGGCCAUCACCAGCUCCUCCAGCCUGGAUAUGGUGUCGCGUCAGGCCAGCAGCUGCUCGGCCGGCCCAGUCACCGAUUCGCAACUCCUGGCAGCCGCACGCUACUCUGACUCGGCGUCCACCAAGGAGAGCCAAGUUUUCCUCUGUCUGCCCGUCGAUCAGUCGUCGCCGGCCUUGCCCAGCACGGGCAACGUCAACAACCGCGGACGAUCGCGAAGUUUCGACUAUUCGCACCACCAGGAGGAAGCGGCCAAGUCGCUGUCCGUCGACCUGGGGACGAACGCCCAGCCGGCCGCCGUAGCCGCCGCUUCCAGCGGGACCGGCCCUCUCCUGGGAAUGUUGCGUCGCUCCUUCUCGCGUCACUCGUCCACUUCCGACGGCCCACGGAGCACCACCAGCUGUGUGACGUCCGGCGGGGCGUUCGGCGGAAGUUUGAGCGGAGCCGGAGGAGGUGCCGGAAGCGGCGUAGGAGUGGGCAGCACCGUCUGCAUCCAUUGUCUCUGCGUGGAAGAAUAUGAGCGACUCCUUGCCCAGAGUCCGCCGGUGGCCGGCCCUUCUUGCGUCGUUCCUUCGCUGCAGGCCGUCGCUCCGACGGCCAUCGACGACCUCCUGUCGGAGAGCGAGUACGACUCUAAUCGAUCCAGCAGCUGCGGCGAGAGCGCCGCCGACGAUCCGCAGCAAGAUGAGGAGCUGGACGGCGGGACCAGUCGGCUGUCCUUUCUGGGCCAGUCGUUCGAGUGCCGCCAAAAGGUCGAGCCGUGGAUCCGCGAAAACGAAAACCAAUUGACCCCGGUCCCGUCGGCCCGGGCCCUCAUCCGCCGCGGUCGAUCGCUCGGCUUGGCCUCCGACACGUCGACCACCGUUCUCCUGGGGGCGGCUCCCAACUUGCGCCGAGGCGGAUCCGAGUGCCAGCCGGAUCCCUGCCACUUGCAGCAGGAAGAGGAGCAAGACCGAGACUCCUGGAGCCACCACAACAAUCCCAGUUGCCAGAUUUCCUUCAAUUUCUCUUUCUCGUCCAGCGAGCCGUCCACCCAUUACCAGGUGUCGGACGCCGGAUCGAGCACGCCGGUGGGCGGCCGACGGAGUCCCGGCGGAGCCGGAACGCCCCGACUGGAGCGCCAGGAAGCCCUGUGCUCCGGCUGGCUGGGAUCGGAGCCGAGUUUGGAGCUCCUUGCGCCCGGUCACCACUCGUUCGGCGCCGACACGGAGCACAACAACGACGACCACAGCCGACAGGUCUCGUCCGGCUCGCGGACUCACGCCUCCAUGGAGACGCACGCUUCGGUUUCGUUGGAAGUCGAUUCCGGCGCUUGUGUCGGCGUCGUCCAACAGGCGUCGCUGGAGAGCCAGUACUCUUUCCAGCUCAGCUUGGACGUCCAUCUGCCGGAAUCGGCCCGACAGCGCAUCUCCUCCUUUGAAAGUGAGACGUCGGUCGAUAGCAUGGCGUCCAGCAACGUCAGCAUGGGCGGCGUGGCCGGCGGAGGUGGAGGAGGAGGCGGUCGAUGUUCGACCAGCGGCUCGGGUUUUCUCAAUCGCUCCUCGCUGCUGGCCCGCCGGAAAUGUCUGAGCGCAGGGGCCAGCCCCAGCUCCAGCCCGCCCAUUUGCCUGUCCAAUUCACGCUACAAUUUGUGCAGCGGCGGCCCGGCCGCCACGUCCAACAGCCGCUUGAAUCUCUGCACGGGCUCGUCCAGCGAGUACGGCGACCAGGCCGACCUGGAGGCCAAUCCCCUCUCGCCCAGUCCGCCGGCCGAAAUUUACCUGACGGUGCCCGUCUUGGCACCGCUGCCGACGACGGCCAAGACGGCCAGCAGCAGCGGUGGGAGCCUCCUGCUGGACAAAUCGCGUCAUUUGCGCGAGCGUUUCAGACGCCACGACUCGUCGAAAUCCUCAUCCGACAAGGACAGAGACUCGACUUUUCAACCUCCACCGACGUCAUUGACGACGCAGAGGUCGUUGACGGCCGGCUCGUCUUUGAACUCGCGCGGCCUGAGCUCCCGCGGCGGCGACUCGCUCCACCCUCGCUCCGACCUGCCGUUCCGCUCGCGGUCGAUCGAAAUCGGCCUGCCGACGGCUCACCGCCACCACCAUCACCACCACCACCAUCAUCACAGUAGUCAUCAUCCGCAUCGGACCGAGUAUCACGAUUUGGCCGGAAGUGCCCGCAGACAGCAGUGGGUUUCUCGGCUCAAAAAGAACAACCCGGGAGAAGUUGUGAUCCAAAGUGAGAACGGCGAAAGACGCGUUCUACGAUCCACGCCAGACUGGACCGACGAAGCCAUCAACGGCGAUCAUCUAUGGAUGCCCACUUCUGCAUCGGGCGAUCUCUGCCACGUUCUCGACCAAGAUUGCACGAGAUGCGGUCCGCGGAUGAAGUGUUCCGGUUGUCGUAUUGUGGCGCACAUCUCGUGCAUCCCGCAGAUGAAGUUCUUGUGCCGGCCAACGUUUUGGGACGGCGACCUGCGCCAGUACCGUGAAAACACGACGACGACUCACCAUUGGGUCCACCGUCGAUCACAAACGGGCAAAUGCCAAAACUGUUCCAAGUCUUUCCAGUCCAAGUUGUCGUUCGGUUCCAAGGAGAUCGUGGCCAUAAGCUGUUCGUGGUGCAAAGCUGCUUACCACAACAAAGAGAACUGCUUCAAUAUAGACCGGCUCAAAGAGCCGUGCUCGCUAGGAAAUCAUAAUGUCAUCGUUCCACCAUCUUGGAUCGUGAAACUGCCAGGUCGUGAAAAUUUCAAAUCAAGCCUGCGCAAAUCACCUCGGAGCAAGAAAGAUCGAGGGUCGACGCGACGUAGUAAGAGAGUUGGAGGAUUGGAGAAACCUGACCAGAUGGAUAAGGAAAGUUACACGGGCACCGGCAACCUCAGAUCCUUUGUCGUCAAACCAAUCCCAAUGGCCGGCAGUCGACCCAUCAUUGUCUUCAUUAACCCGAAAUCCGGCGGAAACCAGGGCGCCAAAUUAAUGCAGAAAUUCCAGUGGCUCUUAAAUCCUCGACAAGUGUUUGAUCUGACCCAAGGUGGACCGCGAGCAGGGUUGGAAAUGUUCCGGAAAGUGCCCAAUUUAAGGGUGUUGGCUUGCGGUGGAGACGGUACUGCUGGAUGGGUCCUUUCUAUCCUCGAUCAGAUUGGAAUCAGCCCCGCACCUCCUGUCGGUGUCUUACCGCUGGGCACGGGAAACGAUUUGGCCAGAGCACUCGGUUGGGGAGGGGGUUAUACGGAUGAACCUAUUUCCAAGAUUUUGUCUUCGAUGGGUGAAGCCGAGCCGGUAUUGCUAGAUCGUUGGGAACUGCAAGUGGAGAAGAAUCCUGAUGCCCCACCAAAUGGCGACGAUUCCGGGAGUCACCAUCCCAGCCGAGACACCCUGCCGUUGAGUGUUGUUAACAACUAUUUCUCGUUUGGCGUCGAUGCACAGAUCGCCCUCGAUUUUCACGAAGCCCGUGAGGCGCGCCCGCAGAAAUUUAACUCGCGUUUGCGAAACAAAAUGUUCUACGGUCAAGCGGGCGGCAAGGAUUUGCUGCAACGGAAAUGGAAGGAUUUAUCUGAAUUUGUCACGCUGGAAUGCGACGGCAAGGACAUCACGGCCAAACUGAGGGAACAGAAGGUUCACGCCGUUCUCUUCUUGAAUAUACCGAGCUACGGAGGGGGUACACACCCCUGGAAUCGGGCUCACGGCCAAGAUGCAGCCACUGAUGACGGAAUGAUUGAAGUUGUAGGAUUAACCACAUAUCAAUUGCCUUUGUUGCAAGCGGGAGGCCAUGGGACAUGUUUGGCGCAAUGUCGGACGGCACGAAUUGUGACUCGCAGAACCAUACCGAUGCAAGUCGAUGGCGAGGCGUGUCGUCUUAAUCCAUCGAUUAUUGGAUUGCAGCUUCUAAAUCAAGCACCAGUAUUGGCCAAAAGACGAGCUGGUUUUGAGCCCAAUCCGGCUCCGGUGGUAGAGCAGCUCAAGAUGCAAGUCAAGCGUAUUAGCAUGGCAGAGUACGAGGCGAAUCAUUACGACAAAGAAAAUUUGCAAUCAGCAGCUACGCCUUUGGGAUUCAUAUCUGUUUCGCAUGACGCCGUUCUGGAACACGUUCGCAAGUUAGUUAACAAUCUUUUGGAACAGCAGUCAGCUGGAAGAAGCACUAGCCCCAUCGGCCAGCACAGCGGUGGAUCACCACCGAGUAACGGCGGUGAUGUUGACAAACUCGGAUCUGAUUGGUGUUUUAUCGAUUGCUGCACGGCAGAACGCGUCUUUCGAGUUGACUCUGGGCAGGAGCAUCUACAUUACAUCACCGACAUAUCAACCGAUUGCUUGUACAUUCUAGAUCCAGUCUCUUCUUUAGAUACCGACAGUGUUGGUUUAGAGGGUGGUCCUAACGGAGCCAGCAAUUUGUCUGAUGAUGCCGGACUCGAGGACAUGGUCAACUUGGCGAACAGUCAACUUCAACAGGAAUCACAUCAUUCGAACAAGAUGCGACGAAAGAACCAUUUGGGAAAGACGGAAGAAGUUUCGUCCAAAUCGCCGGAGAAUGUUGCUCACGAGAACUUUCUUUUGCCCAUCAAUGUUAAAAGCGUCUACGGCGAUAGAUUACCAAUCUUUUGUCCACGUAAAAGUCCGUUACUAGAAAAAUCUUCAAGCAGCAUUGUCAAGGCGGCCAAGGAUGGAGAUCUGAAAAAGCUCAAGGAUCUUCACGCAUCAGGCUUCUCUCUCCUCUCCAUUGACGCUCAAGGACAAACUGCUCUGCACUGGGCUGCCCGACAUGGUCAUCGCGACGUCAUUAAAUAUUUACUUGCAUCUUCCCCAAGUGCCCUCCUGGAUAUGGUUGAUAAUGAAAAGGGCCAGACAGCGUUACACAAGGCUGCCUUAGCCAAGCAGCGAGCCAUAAGCUGCAUGUUAGUCGCAGCCGGAGCUAGUCUGUCAUUGGCCGACAAAGAACGGCACACCCCACGGAGCCUCGCAGAACGAGCAGGCGAUGCAGACUUGGCCAUUUAUCUUGAAAGUCAGGAGAAUUUUCAUAAGAAUGCCGCAGAUAACGUGGAGACUUCGGUUUAGAGUUAAUAUCAAUGAGAGCUGAGCUCAUAUACCAGAAUUAAAAUAAGACAGGAUGAAAAAAGGAAAUGAAAAGAUUUGUUGAUCUCACCAUACAUUUUUAGAUUUCAUUCCAGUAUCCCCCUUCCAUGGCUGUACUUUAUACGUGUGUAAUUGUGCGUGAUUCCCUUCUCCAUUUUAUUUGGUUGUUGGUUUUCAUUAACCGUCGCGCCAGGAACUCAGUCUGUGUACAUAAUUCUAGUUGCACGAAAAUUAGUUAUGUUAUUUCCGGGGACCCAUUGAAUUUUGUCAGGGCUAUUCGUCUUACAGUUUUGCACCUUUGUUUGGGGAACUUUUUGCUCUAACUACCAUAAUCACAUCUCUCUUCGUAUAUAAUAUGAAAGUUCUUUCUGUCAUUCGUGAGCAAAUGAAAGUGGAGACAACAGCAUAAGAAAGUCAUGAAAGCCUUUUUGACAAGCCUUUUAAGCAAUCCCAUUCUUCCACGAGAGUAUGAUAUCAAUAAAAUUUCAAACCUCUUUAUUUCCACGUAUCCGCAUUCUUCUUUCCUUUGCAAUCCUGUCAUUAUUAUUAUUAUAAUUCUCAUUCUGUGUUACUUCUACUUUUUCCUGCCUUCUUUUUUUCUUUAUCACCCUGCGCCCUUCUUUCUUACGCAUCGAUGCUAAUUAUUAUUCCCUGAGAAAUAUUUACGACAUUGAUUUAGCUUUAAAUAAUUCAAGUUUCACAUUUUUGGAGAAUUGCCAAGUUGCAAACUUCUUUCAUGAAACAUUUAUAUCUCUCUUCUCUCAUCAAAACUUUAAUAUAUUUCAACCAAGUUUCAUUCUCCUCAAUCUCCCAGUUUUGCCCGAUGAUUGUAAAUCCUCUUAGUCCAUGCUUAAUCCAUCCUCCCUACGUGAUUUAGGAAAACAGCCCUUAGUUUACUCUUUCAGAGGCCAAUUGCUAAAUCGAAAAAAAUUUCCCAUUAUGGAAUUCUGUAAGUUGUUGUACAACCCUUAACUCUCAAUUUCGUUUAUUUCAUCAAAAUCCCCUACCAUAAUAGUAGGUGCCUUGCUCUCUACCACUAAUUCACGAUCCCAUUACUUUCUAUUGCCCUCUUUGUCGGAUAUAUAUUUCUCGUCAUCGACGAGUUUCUCUUUGUAUGAAUCUGCGUAUACUAACAUACACUCACCACAUAAAAAUGUUUGAUCGAUUUCGUCCCAAAGGACUCUUUUUUUUAAAGAAUUAUUUUCUUUGUUCCAUGACUAGAUCGAUAAUUCUAUGCAUUUAUUUCUAUACACGAUCUGGUUCAUAA